AUGAAAAAUCUCUGGCUUGUCUUGCUGAUUGUUCUUGUCGAGGCUUCUCUUCUUGUUUACGGAGAGGAACAACAACAACUCUCCUUCCACCAAAAGCACCCUUGCUACGUGAGAAAGGAAAGUGCUAUUCGUAAUAACAUCAAGACUGCACAACCUCACACCUAUUUGAAACCAGAAGAUCUUCCUGCUUCUUGGGAUUGGAGAAAUAUUGCUGGAGUGAAUUAUUUGUCUGUCGGAAGAAAUCAACAUAUUCCAAUUUAUUGUGGUAGCUGUUGGGCUCACGGCUCUACAAGUGCUCUUGCUGAUAGAAUCAACAUUGCCAGAAAGAAUCAAUUCCCUCGUGCCUUGUUGUCAGUACAGCACGUUAUUGCUUGUGGUGAUGCUGGAUCUUGUGCCGUUUAUCAAUAUGCUCACGAUCACGGCAUUCCUGACGAGUCAUGCAAUAACUACAAGGCUGUUGAUCAGGAUUGUUCUGCAUUCGCCGAAUGUGGUACUUGCAAUUCAACCGGAUGUUUCGCAAUCAGAAAUUACAACAGAUGGAGAGUGAGCGAAUAUGGUAGCAUUGACGGAGAACAUGAAAUGAUGAGUGAAAUCUAUGCUAGAGGUCCAAUCUCAUGCGGUAUCGAUGCUACUAGCGCCUUGGAAGCCUAUAAGGGUGGUAUCUUUGAAGAGUUCAAAGUAUUCCCAAUGAUUAAUCACAUCAUUUCUGUUGUAGGAUGGGGUGAGGAAGGCGGAAAGAAAUACUGGAUUGUUAGAAACUCAUGGGGAACAGAAUGGGGUGAAGGUGGGUUCUUCCGUAUUGUAAGAGGAACAUCCAGAUUCUACAACUUGGCCAUUGAAACUCAAUGUGCCUUUGCUGUUCCAAUUGUUUAA